UAUGCAUUUGCAUUUACUCGUGCCCACCAUUGGAUGAUUUUGCGUACAUUACAUGCCUUUGUAUAUGCAACUCCCAUCUCUCGGCAAUUCCCAUCUCUCUGUUAGGGUUUCAUCUCUGGAGGAAAAAUGGAUGCCGAAGCUCUCCAAGAUCAGAUCCAUGCUCAAAUUCAAGCCUUGGAAAAACAAGGCUUCAUGAACGGGCAGCUGCAAUAUUGUUACACUCUGAAGAACGUGACAAGCCAGACAUUUUUCGAGGAAUUGGUGACUCGCUUUUUAAUGGAUGGUCGCACGGCCGUACGAGCCAUGUCCGGGCUUCUGGAGCAACCUACUUUGGAUUAUGUUAAGCUGUUCCAGUAUAAUAUGAAACUCAAAGGAGGUGCAAUGAGCAUUGGUGCAUGUCAGGUGACAACUGCAUGCAGUAAUCUUUGUGAAGCUAUUGACAGUAGGAAUAAAGACAGGUGUCUAUUAGCUUUCAAUAGUCUCAAGCGUGAAUACUAUACUUCGCAGGGCAAGUUGGAGGCAAUUAUUCAGCUGGAGAGGAUCAUGAUUUCUCAGGGGUAGAAAUGAGCAUUGGUCGGUUACCGCAAGGUGCUUUUCUUGAGGAAUAUCUUUGAGAUGGAGUUGGUAUCUGACAUCUAGUGGCUGUGCUCUGAUUGUCCAAAUUUGUAGUUUUAAGUUUUUCAAGUACCCUGAUUUUACCUUCUUCAACAGUAGUCCGUGUGCUUUGUUGCUUUUGUGCCUUUUGAAAUGACAUGUUUGAUGGUUGCUAAAUGUAAUCCCACCUUCCCUUCCAAAAGUUAAAUUUUGUUUUCCUUAGUUUGGAUAUUGAUCUACCUGCUUGCCAUGGGUA